AUGAUCCUCGUCCUCGAUCGAGUAGGCAAUGUGCCCAAGCUGCAGCCCGAGCUCUUUAGCGCGAUGGGCCUCCACCUCUCGGAGAAGGCAUCGACGUACUUUAUGAUGAUCUUGGUGUGCUUGCGCGGCCUCGACUCGGCGCUGCCGUUUGGCACUGGCGUGCUUGUCGGCGCCUUGUACCAGACGACGCCGCUCUCCAAGUUUCGUCUCCCGAGCUUUCUCGUGUGGUUUUUCGAGCUCUUCGAUGCAAUCUUUGCCGUCGUGCCCAUGAGUGUGGCUGCGCAGCAGCGCCAGCGCCAGCUCCAAGAAGCACAGCGCCGUCACGGCCACGCCCCCGCUCCAAACGGACAAGGGUUCCGUGACCAGCUCUUGCCGGGCAUGGGCGGUGGCAUGCCGAUGCCGGUUGCGGCGCCGCCGUCUGAUGCGGCCAUCGCGACGCUCACGGCGCUGGGGUUUGAACGGGACCAAGCGAUCGCGGCGCUGCGUGCGGCCGACAACAACGUCGAGGCGGCCGCCAACCGUCUGCUCAACGGCAUGUAA